GAGAGAGAGAAAGGGGAGAGUUGGAUAGCGAGAGAGAGAUAGAGAGACAGACACAGAGAGAGACGGAGACAGAGCGAGAGUAAGAUAGUUUUCUUCAAACAACAGUGAUGGAAACGUUGUUGUAUCUCACCCUGCUAAUCUCAGGGUUCUACACACCUUCCUCAUGUCUUCAUCAAUAUCACCUCAUUAGCAACUAUAUGAACUGGACUGAUGCCCAGAGUUACUGCAGAGCACAUUACACUGAUCUGGCUACAGUAGAUGACAUGGAGGACCUGAACAGGCUGAUGACCAGUGUCAGUAGUUAUCAUUUCUGGUUCAUUGACUAUACAUUAAAAUUAAGGCACUGGAUUGGACUGAAGAAGGGAGACUCCAUGAAGUGGAACUGGUCUCUGGCAGACAGACGUUUCUACAGAGAGGGGGAGACUGAGUUCAGAAACUGGGACACUGGGACGCCCCAAAAUGGUAACUGUGCUUUAAUGACUACAGCUGGUCUGUGGAACAACACCUCCUGUGAUGACCAGCAUCACUUCAUCUGUUAUGAUGGAAAACAAGACACCAACCUAACAUACGUCUUAAUUCAGGAGAACAAGACCUGGAUAGAUGCUCAGAGUUACUGCAGACAGUAUCACACAGACCUGGUCAGUGUGAGGAACCAGACUGAGAACACAGAGAUAGAGAAGAAGAUAUCACUGAGGGGACUUCCUGUGUGGAUCGGUCUGUUUCUAGACUCCUGGAGAUGGUCAGACCAGAGUGACUCCUCAUUCAGAAACUGGUUGUCAGGACGGCCUUCAACAGAUCAGGGAUACAACUGCACUCUGGUGCAUUCUAAUCCUUCUGAUUAUACUAAAUGGGUAAAUCAACCCUGUGACGUCAACUAUCCUUUCAUCUGCUAUGCUGUGGAGACCCCUGAGAAACCUCAACUGAAGAGACAGGUGGUGAGAAUGAAGAUGACCCCAAAGGAUCAAAAUAUGAACCUCAGUGAUCCUGCUGUUCAGGACACCAUCUUACAAGUUAUAAGGAACAAGCUGAAGGAGCAGGGGUUACCUGCAGACACCAAAGUGACAUGGAAAAAGCAGCCUGAUGGGAAGGUCUUCCACAAGGAGGAAGAGGGGUCUCCCAAGAAAGAAGAGGAGGAGAAGAAGAUGAAGAGGAUGAUGACAAAGAGAGAACUCUAAUUAUGUUAAAUGUUCUCCUAACUUUUCUCUUUUUUAAAUUUAGAUCUGUACUGGGAUGUAUUUUCUGAACCUAAUUCAAUGUGUUUUAUUAAUUAAAUUGUUUAAGUAUAAACAUUAAUAGUUUAUCUUGAGAUGUUUUUCUUGAUAAUUUUCUUGACUUGGUUGUUUUAUUACAAGGUUUGUUCUCAAGAUAGACAUUUCACACAUCAUGUCUGUAAAUGAGUUAUUUGUAGUUAUGUUGAUAUUCAGGGCUGUGAAAGAGUAUUUGCCUCCUUUCUAAUUUGCUCAACUUUUACAGAUUUAAGAUGCUGAAUGUUAUCAGAUCUUCAAAGAAAACAGAAUAUUAGAUGAAGGGAACCUGAGUGAACAAGUAACACAACAAUUACCUACUUAUUUCAUUUAUUUCAUAAACAAAGUUAUGUAACACCCAAUGUUCAUGUGUAAAAUAUUAAUUGUCCCAUUACACUCAAUUACUGGUUGUCACACCUUUAGCUGCAAUGACUCCAACCAAGCGCUUCCUGAAGUUGUUGAUCAGUAUUUCACGUCGCUGUGGAGCAUUUUUGGCCCACUCUUCUACCUAGAACUGUUUAAACUCAGUGACAUUUGUGAGUGUUCAAGGAUGAACUUUGAAGUUCUGCCACAACAUCUCAAAUGGGGUCAUUAGGUCUGGACAUUGACUGGGUCAUUCCAAAACUUCAAAUGUGUUGCUUUUGAACCAUUUUCAUGUAGACUUGAUUGUGUGUUUUGGAUCAAUGUCUUGCUGCAUGACUCUCUUCAGCUCACAGACUGAUGGCCUGACAUUCUCCUGUAGAAUUCUCUGAUACUGAGCAGAAUUCAUGGUUUCUUCUAUUAAGGCAAGUCGUCCAGGUUCUGAGGCAGCAAAG